CAGUAUAUAUGGAUGGUGCUGGUGGCCUAUUUAAACUCAAGAUCAUUUGGAAUCAUAAUCACUGAGAGUUGGACAAAAACUUUGUCAGUCUUAUUGUGAUUGAAAAUCAGAAAAAGAAAAAUUUAUGGAGUUGGGGCGUUUUUGGUGGUGGCCGGUGGUGUUAGUUUUGGUUCAUUUUGGUAUGAAUGGGUGCUUUGGUUGCUGGGAGCAAGAGAGAAUUGCUCUCUUGCAAUACAAAGUUUCCAUUGUCAACUACACUGAUAAAUAUUCUUUUACACCUUGGGACUCAGCUGACAAAGAGAGUGAUUGCUGUGAGUGGGAAAGAGUAAAGUGCAACAUCACUACUGGCCGUGUAAUCCAACUUGCUCUUAAUCUCACGAUAUCCUAUUGGAGUAGAGAAAGUGGAGGAGGUUGGUACUUUAAUGCCUCUCUGUUUCUUUCCUUUGAAGAGCUCCAGUACCUCGAUUUGAGUGAAAAUGGGAUUCGUGAAUGGGUCCCAAAUGAAGGUUUUGAAAGAUUCUCUGCGUUGAAGAAGCUGGAGGUGCUUCACUUGGAAAAUAAUAAUUUCAAUAAUAGCAUUCUUUCAUCCUUGAGUGGAAUUGCUUCACUGAAGGAACUAUAUUUGGGGUCCAACAAUUUGAAUGGAUCAAUCCCCAUCCAAGGUUUUGAAAGCUUAUCUUUGUUGAGCAAGCUAGAGGUGCUUCACUUGGAAAGUAAUAAUUUCAAUAAUAGCGUUUUUUCAUCCCUUAGUGGUAUUGCUUCGCUCAAGGAGCUAGAUUUUAGCGACAACAAUUUGAAUGGAUCAAUCCACAUCCAAGAGUUGGGUGAACUAAACAACCUUGAGGAAUUGUACUUGGAAAAUUCAUCAAUUGAUAAAAGCUUUCUUCAUAAAAUUGGAGUUAUGACUUCUCUUAAUAUAUUGGCAAUGAGAAGUUGUGGACUAAUGGGCACCUUACCUCCCCAAGGCUGGUGUGAACUUAGGAAGCUCCAAGAGAUUGACCUCAGCGACAAUAAUUUUGAAGGGAGACUACCUUCAUGUAUGGCAAACUUGACAUCACUCCGCGUAUUGGAUCUCUCUUACAAUAACUUUAAUGGGAACAUUGAUCAGUCCCCACUAUCAAGUUUGUCAUCACUUGAGUACCUUUCUUUCUCAAGUAACAACUUCUUGAUCCCAUCCACAUUGUCAUUCCUUUUCAACCUCUCAAACCUUAAGAUCUUAUUAAGUGAUAACAAUAUAUUAGCUUUAGAACCUGACUCCCAUACUUGGAUUCCAAACUUCCAAUUAAAGGUUUUCAGUUUGUCGUAUUGUUCAUUUAACAUUCUCAAUAGCACACCUCCCAAAUUUCUUCAUUACCAAUAUGAUUUGCGAGCAAUUACUCUCUCUCACAACCAGUUGGUUGGGCAGUUUCCUAACUGGCUGUUAGAGAACAAUACAAGAUUGGAGGUUUUUAUUCUAAACAAUAACUCUUUUACGGGGCCUUUCGUAGUGCCAUCUGAUAUUCGUCCCAGAAUUUUUACAAUAGAUAUUUCAGAUAAUUACUUACAUGGUCCAAUUCCCACAAACCUCGGUCUAAUUUUUCCAAAUUUAGAUGAUUUAAAAAUGUCUAACAAUGAAUUUCAAGGCAGUAUUCCUUCUUCUUUUGGGAAUUUGGUUUUCUUGCGGUGUCUAGACUUGUCUGGGAAUAAUUUCUCAGGAACAGUACCAAUACAGGGCUGGUACCAGUUAGAACUUCUCAUAUUAUCAAACAAUAGCUUCAAUGGACCAAUAUUUCCUACCAAUUUUAAUUUGACUAAGCUACAAUUUUUACAUUUGGACAACAAUCACUUCUCAGGCAUGCUUCCAACAUGGAUGGGGAACAUGUCAUCUUUAAUGCAAAUUGUUAUAGCCAAAAAUCAUUUUGAAGGUCCUAUUCCAAUCGAAUUAUGCAAACUCCUUUCUCUUACAUUUCUUGACCUUUCUGACAACAAUUUGUCUGGCUCUAUUCCAUCUUGCUUCAAUUCCUCAAGUAUCAAUUUUUUUCAAUUAAAUAAAAAUUUCUUGAGCGGUCCAAUUCCAACUGCUUUCCCAAAUAACUCCAAUCUACUUGUACUGAAUCUUCGAGAUAACCAUCUAACUGGCAACAUUCCCAAUUGGAUUGGAAGCCUCUCCAAAUUGAGAAUUCUCCUCUUGAAAUCAAAUUAUUUAGGAGGUCAGAUUCCAACUCAAUUAUGCCUCUUGCAGAACUUAAACAUUUUGGAUCUUUCAUACAAUAAAUUUUCAGGUUCGAUACCUCUUUGCUUGAGUAACAUUACUUUCGAUGCAUCUGCCCGAAGCACUUUUUCAAGAGAUUCAUAUCUACCUUAUUUUUAUUUAAAUAUUUGGUCAUUAUCAAGAAAUAUUGAAGAUCUAAAUAAUUUUAUUUAUAAGUCCCAUGGAGAUGUGAAUGCUUUUGAAGAAGUAGAGUUUACAACAAAAAGUAGAACUUACUCCUACAAGGGUGACAUCCUUGAGUACAUGUUUGGAGUUGACCUCUCGUGCAACAACCUAUCAGGUGAAAUCCCACCAAAACUCGGUAGGAUGAGCAGCAACAUUCGUGCAUUGAAUUUGUCACACAACAAUCUAUCCGGACCAAUCCCUGUGACAUUCUCAAAUUUAAAGGAGAUAGAAAGUCUGGAUCUUUCCUUCAACAAUUUGAAUGGCAAAAUUCCACCCCAGUUAACUGAAAUGACCUUUUUAGCGGUGUUUAGUGUGGCACACAACAACUUAUCAGGUACAACACCUGAUAGAAAAAACCAAUUCAUUACUUUUGAUGAAAGCAGUUAUGAGGGGAACCCUCUCCUAUGUGGACCUCCAUUACGUAAUGGUUGCACCAAAUUGAGACCACCAUCGACAAUGCCAGUGGAUAAUGAGGGGGAAGUAGGUGGUAGUUUCAUGGACAAGGAUGUCUUCUACAUAAGCUUCAUGGUGGCUUACAUAACAAUCAUGUUGGGAAUUGUUGCAGUUCUCUACAUAAAUCCAUACUGGCGUAGGGUGUGGUUUAACCUCAUUGAAGUAUGUAUUGACACUUGCUACUGUUUUGUUGUGGUUCAUUACCGUAAGUUAUUCAGUUUAAGGAGUGGAUAGCCUUGCAUUGCUACUGUUUUGUCAUGGUUCAUAAUUGUGAGUUGCUCAAUUUUCGGCUUGCAAAGCCUUGCAUUUUAUUGAUUACCUACAUGUGUGUCUCUUCUUGUUGGAUUUUGUAUCUGAAUAUUGAAUUUUAAUACUAUGUUGUGCAAAAUCUAUAUUUACUGUGUAAUUUUAAUUGAA